AUUCGUUUUGAAGAAAAAAGUCACAAAGCGAACUGUAAAACUCUCACAAACGCGUUUGUUAUCUGACAAAAUAGGGUCAUACUAAGCGGAAGGCGUAAAAUCAGAUGUUUUUCCCUAACAACAAUGGGAUCCAACGAUUCUGAUUCGCACAACCAAGUGAUUGUGCUCCAGGCUGGUUACUCCUGCCGAGAUGAAGAAGACGAAACCGCAAUGAGGGCCAACUGCUCCUGUACGUUGGUCCGCUGCAGGGAUGGCACCAAUAUCUUAGUAGACACCAUGACGGCUUGGGACGGCGAGCACCUCCGUUCUUUGCUGGCCAAACACGGUGUAGGUGUUGAUGAGGUGCACGUAGUAGUGUGCUCCCACGGACACUCUGAUCACAUUGGAUGCAACUACCUGUUUCAGGAGGCACGGAUGCACUUGGUCGGUGCGUGUGUGUCCCAUCGUGACCUUUACAUGGGUCACUUUGGAGGUGGGCAAAAUGACGAGGAGCUAGCGCUGGACUCAAACGCCGAGGUGGUUGUAAGAAGGUCGCCAGGACAUACCCUCAGCUGUGUUUCCGUAAUUGUGAACAACACACAGUUGGGGGGGCGGGUUGGUAUCACCGGAGAUUUAUUCGAGCGUCUGGAAGACAUUGAAGAUGAUAGCAUUUGGAGGGAUGCUGGAAGCGAAAAUGAGGAGCUUCAACGUCAGGAGCGCAGUAAAAUGGCAGAUAUAUGCAAUUUCAUAGUCCCAGGACAUGGAACGAUAUUUUCCAUAACUCCAUCGAUGCGGAUUAAGUUAAGAAAAGAUAUGACUUCUAAUUGCUAAAAGGGUUUAAUCUUUAUAAAUAAAUGUUUUCUUCCAAACGA